AUGAGCAACGAGUCGGGUACGCCCAUCUCGGACGAAGACGUCGUUGCCCUCACAAAGGCCGCCUUUGAGCACUCGCGCCAGGACAUCGAAGACCGUGCAGCCGCCGAUGGCACCCCGCGUGAACUGCAACAGCAGCCCGGCAUCACCAUCGACUUGGGCCACAAGAACAUUGCCCGCCUGCCGGAAGAGGUCAUUGACGUAAUCCGGACCGUGAUCGAGAGACUCGCCCUCUCCCAUAACCUCCUCUCCACCCUGCCCCUGCGCCUGAUCGAGUGUAAGCGCCUGCGUUACCUCAAUGUGCGCUACAAUGCCAUGCGCGAGAUCCCCGCCGCUAUUCUGGAAAUGACGUCGCUCGAGAUCCUGGACGUGAGCCGAAACAUGAUCAAAUACAUCCCGCCCAAGAUUGCCAACCUGACGUCGCUCAAGGUGCUGGCCAUUGCGAAGAAUAAAAUCGAAGCCUUGCCUGUGUGCCUGGGAGAAAUUGGCAGUCUGCAGGUGCUCAAGCUGGACGGCAACCCGCUCGUUUUCCCUCCACCAGACGUAUGCACAAUCAACGACAAAACGCCCUCGCCCGCAAACGAGAAUGAGCGGGACGCUGUCAUUGCGACGCAGGUCAAGCGCUUCAUGCGCCAACAGGCCUCCAAGGAGCGCCAGCGCGCCGAACUCGAGCGUCUGCGCAUCGAGUCUUCUAGCGACGAAAGCUGGACGGAGAGUAAUCCCGAGACGCCUCGCCCAUCACGGCGGCCCAAUGGCGGACGCUUCCCUGUGAGGCCCAGCCUAAGCACCAUCGAUGGCUUCCCCGAGAACAAGGCCGACUCACCUGGCAUACCGCCACCACCCAUUCCCACGCGCUCCCACUUUCGCAUCCCGUCUGCAACGAGCAACGGUGGGCCCAAGAGGCCUCCCAUCUCCCCUCUGGCCAUCCCUAAUGGACCCGGAAGUAAUGAACGGAAUCGAAGUCAGAGCGAGGGAGCGGGUCCUUCAACACAUCGCCAGAAGCGUAUGGGCAUUUACACCAGUAAGGCGUCUGACCUGACGUCAGUGGAUGAGCUGCGGCGAACAAGUCAUUUCCGUGGCUUCAGCCAGGGGAUUGUGGUUCCAAACAAUGCUGGCCCUACAAACGGUCUAUCGGGGCCUGCUACCGCUGUUGGCUAUGGAGAUACUGGCACCGUCAGAUCGCUCGCCAAUCGCCCUCUCUCUGACGUGCGCGAACAUAGACGUGUCUCUCGGGCGCCUGACAUUGUUGUCGAGGCCGCCAAGAACUUUCUCUAUGCAAUCUCACAGCUUCACGAUUGUCUCUUGCACAUGGUUCGGUCCAUCAAGUUGACUGCUGCAUCCAAAGACAAUCUUCGGCGGAAAGAAGACUUCUACCGUCGCUACUCGUCUACGUAUCUAAAUAUCCGAGCACUAAACGAAGUACUACACAAAUUCGACAAGCUCGUCGAAGAAGACGAAGAGGAUGCGCAAAAGCUCUCUAAGAGCGUAUACAUGUAUGCACUGAGAUGUCUCGACUCGUUCAUGGCCAUUAGUCUCUCGAUUGCGGAGAAUCGCACCGAGAUUGUUCAGAACGCAAAUGCGCACAUCCUGCGGACAUUUCUGUUCUUGCAACAAGCAAGUUUGAUCGAGAUGAGGAAUGCUUGUUCCGUACUCGGCGCUCAAUUCAAAGACACUUCGAUGCCAUUGCGUAGCUCCAGUGCUGCGGACACCACGACUACCGUACGCGCUAGACCGUCGAGGGUUCGCCGGUUCCAGACUUCGCCACCACAACGGAACCCUUAUCAGAUGCCUCCUACGGUCAUGCUGCACAGCAAUGACACCAGUCGAUCGAAUACCCUCACGAGCCUUAGUGCUGCCACCCCCCGAUCUGGCGAGUCCUUCUCAACGGCGACUACCUCCAUGUCUCGGUCCAAUACGCUGACCAGCAGUUUUGACGAGGCCGACGAGGACAGCCAGUUCGACAGAGUGUACUCCAAGCUCCGGAACGCAUCGGAUAGUUGCAGAACGUCGAUCCCAAGGAUUACAGCGGUAAUGAGGGGACAGUAUGAUAACCUUAUCCGCGAACUCGACUCUGAACAUCCCCGCAUCAAAGCUCUCGUGGAUCUUAUCGAGAAGAGCAACGAAGUCUACCAACUGACCCUUCCCCUGGCUACGCAUCUUUCGCAGAUGCAACUCAAAGACAGCUUCACCCGCAGCCAGCCCGAGUUUUGGCAGCAAUGUAUGAGUUUCAUCAAGGCCUGGCAUGAGCUUGGAGAAUCCUACUUGCAACAAGGCAAAGACCACAAGCUACUCAGCAGCGAGGUGAAGCAAAUUAUGAAGCUCCUCCAUCGAUACGUCAAAGACGCUAGCCUGGCCAUCAACGAUAGUCCAUGGUCUCAUCUCACUUCCAACAAUCCGGGACUCAUGGGUCCGCCCUCCCUCUCCUCGUUCACCUCGCGCACCACGGGGCACCCGCGCCUUUAUGCAAACAGAAUCAACGGCACCAUGUCCUCGAGUGGCGGCGGCGGGUUCCCUGGCCUAAUCAACACAUCGAUACCCUCCUACUCGACGAAUUCUUUCGGAAGCCAUGCGAGUCAAGGGCCGGGUGGCUACGGAUCACCGGUCCCCGCGACACCACUCAGCGCGGCACUCGGUGCGGCGGCGCAGGCCACGGUGCCGAAUACACCGCGGCUACCGAGCCAAGGCUCGAAUACGCUGAAUGUGUUUGAGAGGGCGGAUCGGCUGUUGAGUAAUACCAGCCGCCGUAUCUAG